UAAGAGACAAAACCACAAGUGCCACACAUAUUCAGUAUUGUGGUCUCUCUCUCUCUCCGCUCUACAAUGACUGAUUCAAACCUUCCUGAAAAGAACCCGGGGGAAGAAAAUAGUGGAGGUCUGAAAAAAAGGAAUAAGCAGAAGAAGAGUAAGGAGGAUGCCUGGAAACUUGAUGGACCCAAAGACCUGUUUGCUAUGCUGGAUGCUCUCCCGGAGGAAAAGCAGCAGGAGAUCCAGAGGGCCCUGCACCUCUUCUCCCUGGGCAAGGGCCUCCCGAGGACCCUGGAGGAGGCCAGCAGACGCCCCUACCCCUUCUGGGACACCCAACCUGUCCCCAAACUAGGUGACGACAAUGCCACGACCCAUGGUCCUAUUGAGGUGGAUAAGGUCAGUGUUCGUGAGGAGCCUUACAGUCUACCACAGGGGUUCAGCUGGGCCCCCCUGGAUCUGGGGGACCCUGCUGUGCUGAGGGAGCUGUGUGCUCUGCUGAAUGAGAACUAUAUGGAAGAGGAUGACAACACCUCCAGGUUUGACUUCUCCCCUGAGUAUCUGCUGUGGGCCCUGUGCCCCCCAGGUUGGUUGCCCCAGUGGCAUUGUGGGGUAAAGGUGAACGGCAAUCAGAAACUAGUGGGCUUCAUCGCUGCCGUGCCCACUAACAUCCGCAUAUAUGACACGGAGAAGAGGAUGGCGCAGGUCCACUUCCUGUGCGUCCACAAGAAGCUGCGCUCCAAACAAAUGACCCCGGUGCUCAUCAGAGAAGUCACCAGACGGGUCAACCUGCAGGGAGUCUACCAGGCCGUCUACACUGCCAGCGGGGUACUGCCCAAACCUGUAGCUACCUGCAGGUACUGGCACCGCCCUCUGAACCCACGCAAGCUGAUCGAGGUGAAUUUCCCCAUCUCCAGCCUGAGGGGCAACAUGACCGUCCAACGAGCGCUCAAGCUCAACCGCCUGCUUGAAGCUCCCAAAACAGCAGGUUUGCGGCCCAUGACAAGGGGUGAUGUGAAAGGGGUACACAUGCUCCUUCAGGGGUACCUCAAGAAGUACCACCUGGCCCCCGUCCUGUCUCAGGAGGAAGUGGAGCACUGGUUGUUACCACGGGAGAAUGUGAUUGACACCUACGUGGUGGAGAGCUCUGCUGGUGUGCUGACAGACUUUGUGAGUUUCUACACCAUGGUGUCCAGGGUGUUGAACCAUCCGGUACACAAGGGGCUGAAGGCAGCCCAUUCCCUCUACUGUGUCUCCUCCUUCACUCCACUGCCUGACCUCAUGGAGGAUACUCUGUUCCUGGCAAAAUCUAAAGGCUUUGACAUCUUCACUGUUCUGGAUCUGAUGGAGAACACUUCUUUCCUGGAGAAGCUCAAGUUUGGCAUCGGGGACAAGAGCCUACACUACUACCUGUACAAUUGGAGAUGUCCCACUAUAGGCCUGAAAAUGGUUGGCUUGGUGGUGCUGUGAUGUCCAUGACCACUGAUAGGUGAAGACGGUGGACCAAUCCAGUGUUUCCCAAACUCGGUCCUGGGGCCCCCCCCUGGGUGCACAUUUAGUUUUUUCCCUAGCCCUACACAGCUGAUUAAAAUAAUCAAAGCUUGAUGAUGAGUUAGUUAUUUGAAUCAGCUGUGUAGUGCUGGGGGAAACACUGGACCAAUCAACCAGCAAAAACAUCUGAGCCGUCUAUUUAAGUUUGAACUUUGACCUGCACUACUAUUUGUUCUGAGGCCUUAACUGAUGGCUCGGGCACAGAUAAGAGGGCCAUGAUACUAACCAACCCAGAUGAAUACAGCAGGCAAUGACAAACAGUGUUAUCUUAAACACACAAUAAACACAAAAUGAUGGAAGUGACACAAAACUGAAUAAAGUUUCCAUGAGUUAAAUGUA